UUUGAUAUUUUCAUAUUCAAAUAAGAAAACGGCUACCGAACGAAAAUUUGUUUUUAAAUAUUAUGAAAGAGUAGGUUUAAAAUGUAACAAUCUUACUGAGUAGCCAUCUGUGAAUUGUGUUGGUUCCUCUCUUUUAUAGUAAAAUGAAUACAGAGAAAAAUGAAAAAACGGAAACGAUCACAAACACGUCUGCGAAACCGCCAGAAAUUCAUGAUUUUUGUAUAAUAAAACCGAUAAGCCGUGGUGCAUUCGGCAAAGUGUUCCUUGGUUGUAAAAAGAAUAAUAUGGAUGUGAUGUAUGCCAUUAAAGUAAUGAAGAAAACUGAAAUGGUAAAUAAGAACAUGGUAUCUCAAGUAGUAAAUGAAAGAAAUGCCUUAGCGCUCACCAAAAGCCCGUUCUGUGUACAGCUAUACUACUCUCUUCAGACGGCAUCUUCAGUUUAUCUCGUGAUGGAUUAUAUGGUAGGAGGAGAUUUAAAAUCCCUUUUAAGUGUUUACGGUUUUUUUGACGAACCAAUGGCUUUGUUUUAUGUUGCUGAAGUCUGUUUAGCUCUUCAAUAUCUACAUCAGCGCAGCAUCAUUCACAGAGAUAUAAAGCCCGAUAACAUGUUAUUGUCUAAGGAAGGCCACAUAAAAUUAACGGAUUUUGGGUUGUCUAAAGUACAUAUCCACAGGGACUUGGAAAUAUCUGAUUUUGAGAAUUGUACUCCAAAUUUAUGUGCGAGGACACCUGGACAGUUGUUAAGUUUAACAUCUCACUUAAGCUUUGGUUCUGGAAAUUCAAAAUACGUCACCAGUAACGCCAAUAACAGUGAUUUUAUUUUCGAUUCUAAUUCCAAUAGCACAAAUAAGAAUGAAGGUUCGUCUAGUUUUUCAGUAUUGCAGGAACACAGCACUUCAACUAUCUCCAAGUGGAAGUCUGAAUUGAACGUAUCCAAUGUAGCUAAGCUACAGAAUUGUACGGCACUAUCGGGUAUAACUUUUUUGUCAGCGACAGAGUUCAAUAGUACUUCUCAUUCUUCUUCUUAUCAUACAUGCCAAACUACUCAAGUAGAAGAAUCGCAAAUUAGUACCUCAUGUACAACAUCGCCUGUAAGCAGGAAAAUUCCAAGUCGUUGCGGUUUAUACAAGUUACGAAACGAGAGGGAAAGGAAACGCAAGUACAGGUCUCCUUCGCCUACUUUUUCCAGGAAGGCUUACGUUAAAACCGGCCUUACUGGAGAAAUGGAAAUAUUAAGAGUCGAUUCUACUAGUCCACCUAAGGGGGUAACUUUCUCAACCCCCGUGUCUGUGCAAAAACCGAGUAAAACGAAAGUUAUGCGAUUCGAGUUGCCUAAAAACAUAAGCAACCCGGAUUGUUGUAAGAACGCAAACGAUAAUUUGAAUACAGUGAGUCCUAUACAAAAUGAAGUUACCACCCCGAAAACCCCUAGAACACCAUAUCGAACACCUAAAUCCGUUCGUAGAGGACAGUGGAGUUCCGAUCAGAGGAUAUUGGGCACUCCGGACUACUUGGCCCCUGAAUUGUUAUUACGCAAGGGGCACAAUCAUGCUGUAGAUUGGUGGGCUUUAGGUUGUUGCUUUUACGAAUUUGUAACGGGUAUUCCACCAUUCAACGAUGCUACGCCGCAGCAGGUUUUUAAAAAUAUUUUAGAACACAAUAUAGAAUGGCCGACAGACGAUGAAGCUCUUUCUGAAGAAGUUGUACAAGCCAUAGAAGCUUUAUUAGUGGAUGAUCCCGACAAGAGAGCUGGUGCUGACGAUCUGAUGGCAAUGGCUUCGUUUCAAAAUAUUGACUGGGGCAAUUUGUUGUCCGUGAUCCCACCGUUUGUGCCCGAUCCGUACGACUUGACGGAUACCGGUUAUUUUCAAGCUAGGAAUGAACUGCUAAAUUUUAAUAUUUCAAAUUUUGACCUAUAAUAACUAUUCUAGUGAUGUGUGAUUUUUUUUUUGCCUUUUGGAGUUACAAAUGUUUACUUUUCUCCAUUUGUUAUGCAUUAUAGUAA